AUGUAUUCAAUAACUAUACUGGCUCAAUUAUAUAUGGUAUACACUAUAAUAAGUCAGCGUCAGCACCGGCACAACCAUCUGGCCUAUCGGACACCAUUACCACCGAAGCCCCGAUACGAUUACAUAGUAGUCGGCGGCGGCAGUGCCGGUGCUAUUGUCUCGUGUCGUCUAUCACAAUGGGGUUGGGAUGUACUACUAUUGGAAGCCGGUGGACCACCCGAUGCCAUAUUAGAUGAUCUACCUGGAUCAAUGACCAUUAGCGAUGUUAGCAAAUGGCAUUAUCAGUUUGAACCUCAAAAAUAUAUCGGACAUUCAUUUCCCAAUAAUGGCAUACAAUACGAUAUAAUGGGUCGUGGAUUAGGCGGUUCCUCAACAGUUAAUUCAAUGUCAUAUAAUAGAGGUAAUCGUAAAUACUAUGAUAUGAUUGCCUCAAAAUACGGUGCCAUUGGUUGGGAUUAUGCGAGUGUUUUGCCAGUAUUCAAGCAAAUGGAAAACAAUACCGACCCCCGGGUUAUGGAUGAAUAUCACGGCCGACAGGGACCGAUAGUUGUCUCUACAUUGUAUCCGGUAUUACCUAUAUUUGAAAAACAAGCCCAGGCUGCCCGUGAAUGGGGUCUAUACUAUACGGAUAUCAAUGGCCCGAAUCAAACAGGGUUUACAAUUUACCAGUCGACCAUUAGACAUGGUCUACGAUUAUCGACCAAUAAUGUCUAUUUGGAAGGUGGUCUAUGUCCUAAAUUGACUAUAGUUACCGGAGCUCAGGUAUCUAAAGUGAUAAUCAAACGUAUGAAUCCAAAUGAUGAUAACAACCAACCACCCCGGGCACAGGGAGUCGAGUUUAUUAAGUAUAAUCGUACUUAUCAUGUAUGGAUCAAACGUGAAGUCAUUGUAUCUGGAGGCACAAUAGGCAGUCCACAGUUGCUUAUGCUGUCGGGUAUAGGACCGGCCGGUCAUCUACAGGACAUUGGCGGCGGCAGUAUCGGGGAAGUGUAUGUCGAUCUGCCAGGUGUUGGCCAAAACUAUUGCAAUCAUGUGGCCAUGUUUCUAGAUUUUCCAAUACGUCCAUCAUCAAUUGAUGAUGAUUUGAUUGGUCCCUGGCCAACAUUGACUAACCUAACACAAUUGUAUCAGGCAACCGCACUGGGUACGGGUCCAUUAGCCCAGCGACAAAAUGCCCUAAUGUAUUGGUCAUCCCAGGGUGGUAUGGUAGAUAGAGAUUAUCCAGAUAUCUAUAUGAUUGGUACGAUCAGCCCCAGUAAUAUUAAUAGUCCAACUAAUAAUGAUCAACAACAUCUAACACUGUACGUUGCACUCGUUAGGCCAGUUAGCUACGGUACAGUUAGACUAAACAGUAGUCGUAUUGAGGAUCAACCCCUGAUUGAUGCCAAAUCAUUAUCAGAUAAAUUUGAUCGCCAAAGAUUUCGUGAGGCAAUUAGCCGGGCAUUUCGUUUUGCCGAAACUACUAGCCUAUCGAAAUAUAUUAGUAUACCGUCCGAACCGAAAGAAAAUUGUCAGUACUGUCCUACUGGUCCUGUAUACCAGUGCUGGAGUUAUAUUGAUUGUUUGAUCAGGGAAUGGGCCAGUGUCGAUGCUCAUCCAAUAGGUACCUGUCGUAUGGGUGACCCCGGGCGCAGAGAUACUGUAGUCGACCCGCGAUUGCGUGUCAAAGGUAUCCGAGGCUUACGUGUUAGCGAUGCGUCCGUCUAUCCGGAGAUAAUCAAUGCCAAUACAAAUGUGGCGGCAAUGUUGGCCGGGGAGAUGGCCGCCCGAUUCAUACAUGAAGAUAAUAUAGUCGGCUCAGGCAGUGCCGGUGCUAUUGUCUCGUGUCGUCUAUCCGAAUGGGAUUGGGAUGUACUGCUACUGGAAGCCGGUAGCCGACCACCCGAUAGCCUAUUAGACGAUCUACCGACGCUACCGGAUCCGAUACCAGCUACACAAGAUUCAAUGGCACUAUCGUUUGGUUAG